UUUCACUACGUAAAUACUACCUUUCAACUUUUAGAUACUUAAAAAUUACUCAGAAAAUUAUUUGUAUAUUGUGAACAGAAAAUCACAUAAUGAGUGUUAGCAGUGUUUAUGAUUAUCUUAUGAUUGACUUAGCAGAUCCGUUCACGCGUAAUUGGGCGUUAGUAGAAACGCCAUUCCUAGUAAUAAUUAUAACCUUUGGUUACUUGUAUUUUGUAUUUUACGCCGGACCAAGUUACAUGAAGAAUCGACAAUCAUUUAAUUUGAGGAUCUUUAUAUUAUUUUAUAACGUAUUUCAAAUUCUUGCUAAUGCGUGGCUGGUGCACAGUUACGUAUCUGCCGGCUGGUUUACUAAAUAUAGCAUAAAAUGUAGUAAUAAUUAUGAUCUGACAAGUAUAAAUGGUUUUAAGCUAUUAAGUAUUUCAUGGUGGCUAUUCAUAUUAAAACUAAUUGAUUAUAUCGAAACGUGUGUAUUUGUUUUACGGAAAAAACAAAAUCAAGUGUCUUCUUUGCAUGUAUAUCAUCAUGUGUCUAAUGUCUUAUUUGGAUGGUAUUUCCUCAAAUAUAUAGCGGACCCCAGAGCAACAUUUGUGUGCUUAGUUAAUUGUUUUAUACAUGUUAUCAUGUAUACAUAUUACUUCAUUGCAGCAUGGAGCACAACUAUGCAACAAAAAGUAUCCCGUUUUAAACCAUAUAUUACGAAAUUACAAAUGACGCAGUUUGUUGCGCUGAUAUGCUAUGGACUACAGGCUUUUCUAGAUCCAGAAUGCAAAGGAUCACAACGAGCAAAAGAACUUGUAUUCGUAUUUGUUUUGAACAUGCUACUAUUUCUAUACUUAUUUUAUGACUUUCAUAAAAAGACUUAUGGCACAAAACAGAAACAGAAAACUGCAAAACACGAAGAAUAAAAUUUUGUGAAGGUGCUCUAAGAGAUAUCCAGAGCGUGUAAGAAAUAUUUUAUUCAUAGAAGAAAAGCAAUGAAGUAUAUGGAAUCCUCUUAGUGCCGAUUUCUUUAUAUCUCCCGAUAACUGUCUUUUAAAUAAAAAUAUACAAAAAAUAUACUUCAUUUUUUAGAUAAAGAUAUCGAGAACUUAUUUACAAAUGGAAAAAUUAAGUUUUUGUUGUACGUAAUAGAAUACAACAAAUUAGUUACCUAGCCAAGAAUUCUACAUUCGUCAAAUAAAUUUUGUGGUAGACGAUAUAUUGGUUUUUCUUAGAAUAUCACACGAUCUUAUUGGUAUUCACCCGAUUCCGAAUUUGAGUUCGACAAAUAACAACGGCAAACGACGUCCUCUAAACAUUUGUGUAUUUCUUCAUCCUGUUUAACCGGCAACCGACACGACCUUGACAAUCUUUCCGACGUUGAUCACAUGCACGAAAGCAUAAAAUCAAACACUUAGGUUUUUGUAGAACUGUUUCCGCCAGCGUUUAGCCACAAUGAUUUACUUCUCUUGUUACAACACAGAUUAUCCGACUUAAUCAAACGACACGACAAUGACAACGGUAAAAAACGGCACGAGAGCAACCUUCCGACGUCCACAUGGUACGACGUUCCAUAGGAAAGUGCCGCGCCUCAAUCAAUCGGCGGAAAAUCGGUUGUUGUUGUCUUUUCGUGAAUACUCCAGAGUAUUCUUAAUCGAUGUAAUUUCAGGAGUACCACUCACAGAUGCCAGUUCGCGGACUUUUGCAGCAUGCAGUAGCAGGUGAAAAAACAAAAAAG